AAAAGCUUGGAGACCUGCUGCACGAAGAAGAUCGGAGUGGAGAGAUUAUCCAUCAAAAUUGCCCAAAUCGAAGUGAAUUCAAUCGCGAGUGAAUUGCAAAUUCCUUCUCCAAAAAUUGCAAAUUCCUUCUCCAAAAACAGCGAAUAAGCUCGUGAAUUGGAUGCACCAGUUGUAGGCGCACCCCAGAUUCCAAAAAUGAUGCAAAGCAAGCUCAAAUUCAUGGAGUAAUGGGCGAUUUCAUCUUCGCGGCACUGUUCAUCCAGCGGCGAGAGAGCAAUAUAUAUUCAAGGGCCGAUUCCCAUUGAACCUUAGAAGGAAGCUAAGUGUCCUUGGAUCUGCAACAAUCUUCAUCACUCAGGUUGUGCAAAUCCAAGAGGAGGAAGAAGAUAAGAAUGGAGAAUGGGGAUGGAAAUGAGAACUCUUUACACAAGCCACCCAAGAGUCACCUUCAUGAAGGCACAACAAUACCUUCUUCUUCUUCUUCUUCCUCGUCAUCAUCAUCAUCAUCUUCUUCUUCUUCUUCGUGUUUUGAAGAUCAAACAAUCAAUCUAGAACAAUCUCAGCACUCACCUAGCCAUGCCGAAUCGUUAUCUUGUCAAGAUAUUCCAACCCACACGCCUCGAUGGAGCAUGAUGAGUGGUUCUCCUAGUGAUAGCUCUCACAUAUCUUCAUCCCCCGAGAACCAAUCACAUCAAACCACCCAACUCACAGGAUAUGAUCCUAGUCGCAUUCCUCUCACGGUUUUUGACACCAAGUCUACAAAUGCAGCAGUGGACUGGAGUGUCGCGUCUACGGAGUCAUUGUUCAGCGUUCACAUGGGUAAUAAUAGCUUUUCCAGAGACAAUGCACUAUUGCAGAAGAACAAUACAUCCGAAGAUGGGACUGCGGCGUUUCCUUCUGAAGCCACUAAGCAACAUAAUGAGCGCAAGAGCUUCUCUUCUGCACUUCCCCCUGUUAUGGAAGGGGCAUUACUGGGUAAUGAGGAGAAGAUUGAGCAUACAUCCGAGGCAUUGCAAGUGCAACAAGGACCUAGUGUAAUUAAAAGUCCAAAACCAGUGGACCAGAAGCAAAAGACGCAAGAGAAUAGCAGGAUCGCCGCAUCUUGUGAAAUUCAUUCAUUUGCUAUCACCUCUAACAAAUCAGAUGAAAGAGGAGGAAGAGCCACUCCUUGUCUGAAUGCCCCGCGGCUUUCUGAUGAAAGUGGAGCCGGAAGCAGUUCCUUUGCUUUCCCAUUACUUGUAAAUGAUGGUGGAAAUGCUUCAUCGUUGAAAUCGGUGCCUGAGGGGAAGGGAGAACCAGAACAACCGUCAGAGCCAAGCCAAGUAGAGCCGGGAAGCUCAAAAGAAGUGUCGAGAGCGGUUGAGAACAAUUGGUUUUCAUACUUGUUUUGUUUGAGACGAUGCAGUUGAUAUAUGUAUAUUAAACUGCUCUUAAAUCAUUUCUAAGGAAUUGAAGUGUUUCAAACAAGUGGGCUGUUGUGUGUGCUAUAUGUUUUGUUUGUGUAUGUCUCAGGUUCAUCUCAAACGGGGUUUGAUCACUUUGAUUAAUCGUACAUUGUGCUAAAGAGUAGAAUGCGACCCGUGCUGAUAUAUUCUAAAAAAGGCUCGCAUUUAAUCAACAAUUCCAACGGGCAAAAUAUUGUCAUAAGGGAUUUGUUGAUCCUAACUCCAAUGAAUGUUCACCUUCAGA